AUGUAUUUUCUCAGUGGCUGGCCCAAGAGGCUGCUGUGCCCCUUGAAGAGUGUGGAGAAGCCCUUUCACAUCCAGCCGGACGCGCAGCGCCUGUUCCUGGCAGUGUUGUCGCACACUCAGCUCAGUAUAUGGUACAGCAGGCCCAGCGUAUUAAUAGCCAGUUACAAGGAGUCUGCAAAGGCAACGGCCCAGUUUGGAGCUUACAAGCAGUCACAAUGGAAGCCGGACAGCAGUGUCGUUGUCAUUACAACUGCCAAUGGAUAUAUUCUGUUCUUUGACAUAGUUCCUGUUGCAGAGGACAAGUAUUUGUAUGAACCUGUGUAUCCAAAGGGAAGCUCUCACGCGAAGACGAUCCCUCAUUACAAGGAGGAACAAUGUGCUCCAGCAUUAAAUUUAGAGACCAAGAAGGUUCUAGAUUUACAGGCACCAAUAACAAGUAUCCAGUCCAUGAUGGACGACCUUCUGGUGGCCACAGAGGAUUGUUUGCUUCACCUCAUUCACUGGGAAGGCAUGACUAAUGGAAGGAAAGCUAUCAACCUCGCUACCAUUCCUUUUUCAGUCGAUUUGCAGCCAUCUAGAGCAGGUUCAUUCUUAGAUUUUGAAGGUGUCCACAUCCGGGAUAUGGAGCACUGUGUAACUCUUGAUGGGUUUGCUGUUGUUUUUAACGAUGGUCGUAUUGGAUUUAUCACACCCGUGUCAAGUACAGCAGAUCAGAUCCAUGGGGUUUGGGCACAGGAUGUGGUGGAUGGAACCUGCGUGGCAGUGAACCAUAAAUACAGAUUAAUGGCAUUUGGAUGUGCCAACGGAUCUGUUCUUGUAUACACAAUAGAUAACACAACUGGCGCUAUGCAGCUUUCCCAUAAAUUGGAGCUUACUCCCAAGCAGUACCCAGAUAUCUGGAACAAGACUGGGUCAGUGAAGCUGAUACGGUGGUCACCUGAUUAUAGCGUUGUCAUGGUGACGUGGGAAUGUGGAGGACUUUCCCUGUGGAGCGUAUUUGGGGCACAUCUUAUUUGUACUCUUGGAGGAGACUUUGCAUACAGAGCAGAUGGCACAAAGAAAGAGACUUUAAAAAUCAGCUCAAUGAGCUGGGGACCUGAAGGCUACCACUUAUGGGCAAUUGCAUCAGAGUGUACUGGACAUGCGGCAAGUGACAAAACUGUACCCAAGCAGUCUGGAAUACUCCAAUUUCAGUUUAUUAAGAGUGCUCUUACUGUGAACCCAUGCAUGAGCAACCAAGAGCAAGUUUUGCUUCAAGGAGAAGAUCGCCUGUACUUGAACUGCGGGGAUGCAACUCAGACACAGCAUGUUAGAGGCUCUUCAUCACAUCCUGAGCACAAGUCUAUACGUGACAGAAGUCCGUUCCCUGUAGGAAAUGUAGAUUCUCAGGGCUUAAGCACUUUACUGGGACAUAGACACUGGCACGUUGUGCAGAUACACAGCACUUACCUGGAGAGCAAUUGGCCUAUAAGGUAUUCUGCCAUAGACAAAAUUGGCCAAAAUGUUGCUGUUUCUGGAAAAUGUGGAUUUGCACACUACUCUUUGCUAACCAAGAAAUGGAAGCUGUUUGGGAAUAUCACUCAAGAACAGAACAUGAUGGUGACUGGAGGCAUGGCUUGGUGGAAUGACUUCAUUGUUCUGGCAUGUUAUAAUUUAAAUGAUCGGCAAGAGGAGCUACGGGUUUAUCUUCGUACAUCAAAUCUAGACAAUGCUUUUGCACAUGUCACCAAGGUGCAGCAGGAGACAUUGCUUCUUAGUGUCUUCAGAGAUAUGUUGAUUAUUUUUCGAGCAGAUUGCUCUUUUUGUCUUUACAGUAUUGAAAGAAAAUCUGAAGGUCCACAUCCUUUGGUCUGUUUACAAGUCCUUCAGGAAGUGUCCAUGUCUCGGUACAUUUCACAUCCUUCCCUUGUUGUAUCCAUCACUCUAACAUCUGUGAGGACAGAGACUGGCAUCUCCCUAAAAAUGCCCCAGCAGGCAUGUGAUGCAGAAAGCAUUAUGUUGAAUCUAGCAGGCCAGCUAAUAAUGUUACAGCGGGAUCGGUCUGGUCCUCAAAUCCGAGAAAAAGAAGCCAACUCACAGCAGCGAAAACUUCUGCCGUUUUGUGCACCAGUGGUCCUAGCACAGUCUGUGGAAAAUGUCUGGAGCACUUGCCGGGCCAACAAGCAAAAACGCCAUCUGCUGGAGGCUUUGUGGCUUAGCUGUGGUGGAGCAGGCAUGAAGGUUUGGCUCCCCUUGUUCCCCAGAGAUCACCGUAAACCGCAUUCCUUCCUGUCCAGACGGAUAAUGCUGCCUUUUCACAUCAACAUUUACCCGCUUGCAGUUCUGUUUGAGGAUGCUCUGGUUCUUGGAGCCAUUAAUGAAACUGUGGCUUAUGACUGUUUGAACAACCUGGGCUCUCCUGCUGAACAUUUGGAGGUUCAGUUCCCUUACUGUAUUGUAGAGAGAACCUCACAGAUCUACCUCCACCAUAUCUUAAGACAGCUGUUAGUCAGGAACUUAGGAGAGCAAGCAUUGCUCUUAGCCCACUCGUGUGCCUCUUUACCUUAUUUCCCACAUGUGCUAGAACUUAUGCUCCAUGAAGUAUUAGAAGAAGAAGCUACCUCACGGGAACCUAUUCCUGAUCCAUUGCUUCCCACCGUGGCUAAAUUCAUCACAGAAUUCCCGCUCUUUCUUCAGACAGUGGUGCAUUGUGCUCGAAAGACAGAAUAUGCCCUCUGGAAUUACCUGUUUGCUGCUGUAGGCAACCCUAAAGACCUGUUUGAGGAGUGCCUAAUGGCUCAGGACCUUGACACUGCGGCCUCUUAUCUCAUCAUUCUCCAGAACAUGGAGGCAGCAGCAGUAAGCAGACAGCAUGCAACUCUCCUAUUCAACACUGCUCUGGAACAGGGGAAGUGGGAUCUAUGCAGGCACAUGAUACGGUUUCUGAAGGCUAUCGGAUCUGGCGAAUGUGACACCCCCCCAGCUACUCCCACUACACAGGAGCCAAGUUCUGCCGGUGGUUUUGAAUUUUUUAGAAACCGCAGCAUAAGCUUGUCCCAAUGUGCUGAGAAUCUUCCUGUUGGAAAGUUCAACCUUCAGAAAACUCUGAGUAUGCCCUCUGGACCAGCUGGCAAGCGAUGGAGUAAGGACAGCGAUUGUGCAGAGAACAUGUACAUAGACAUGAUGUUGUGGAGGCAUGCUCGAAGACUGCUGGAAGAAAUCAGGCUAAAAGACCUUGGCUGUUUCUCUGCUCAGCUGGGAUUCGAGUUGAUAGGAUGGCUAUGCAAAGAACGCACGCGGGCUGCACGAGUGGAAGAUUUUGUUACUGCCUUGAAGAAGCUUCAUAGGGAUUUCCUUUGGCCUUUUCCAGUCAUACCAGUUUCUUCCAUCAGUUCCCCAUUUAAGAAUGGCAAAUUUCGGGCAGCAAUUGGGGAGCAGAUCCUGAAGUCCCAAUCUGCUGAUAACUUUCUGGACGUGGACAGUGGUAUUCCUAGCGUUCCUCGAAGUCUCACUUGGAUGGGUAGUAUUGGAGCUGCACAUCAAGAAAUGGACACUGCCUCAUCCCACAGUCCUCACACGCAGGAUGCACUGCUAUCUCCUUUAUUAAAUAAAGGAGAUGAAUGUAGCAUUGGAUCGGCCACUGACCUCACGGAAACAAGUUCCAUGGUGGAUGGGGACUGGACCAUGGUGGAUGAGAACUUCUCCACCCUGAGUCUGACGCAGUCAGAACUAGAACACAUUUCAAUGGAGCUGGCCAACAAGGGACCUCACAAAUCUCAAGUCCAACUAAGGUACCUGUUGCAUGUUUUCCUGGAGGCAGGCUGCCUGGAGUGGUGUGUCAUCAUUGGUCUUAUACUACGAGAUUCCUCCAUCAUUAACCAAGUGUUGAUCUUUUUGCAAUGCCCUGAAGUUGCAGAGGAGAUGUUACAGGGCAUUCAAAAUGGAAUACAGGCUGUGGAUGCCUGGGCCCUUAAUGACUGCCCUGGAUACAAGCCAUUCCUAAACAUAAUAAAACCUCAACUUCAGAAGCUGAGUGAAGUGACUGUGGAGCAAGUGCAACCUGAAGCUUUUCAGCCCACAGUUAUCUCAAAAGUCACAGAGCAAUCCAGCCCCAGGGCCGAGGACAGCCGCAGCUCCACCAGCCACAGUGCCAGCCCUCAAAGUGACCCAGGCAGCUGCAACAUCAGCAGAUAUGAGGAGAAUGCAUCCAGACAAGAGCAAGAGGAGGCUCUUCAAGAGGGAAGUUACGACUGCGUAAUCUCUUAAUGUUGAGUGAGCUCACACAGCCAUCACAACAGUAUUAUAGAAGGAAUCAAUCACUUGUGGCUGGUCACAUGGCUGGCGGUUUUUAAUAGGUGUGAAAUGACUUCUUUUUCUCAGUGGUUUCCAAGAAACCAACUCUGCAAAUUUGAAGCCUUACGUUUGUUUUGUUGUUAUAACUUUUUUUUUUUUUCUUAAAUACAUUUUUAUUCUUAUUAAUGAGAACUCCAGUGUACAUAUGGAACCAAUCGCUCCUAUC